AUGGUGCUCAUCAAGGUUCCUACAGACAGUGCUCCAAACGCGAGGACUUUAAACGCAUCCGAAAGCAGGCAUCAACCAACAACUAACCAGGAAGGAGAAAAGAACUUUCAGGACGGAGGAUUUCCCGCCUCUUCGUGCUCCUCAGCAAAGGCCGCCAGUGGAAAGGCCGCCAAGAAGUCCGGAAAGGCGCAGAAAGUCAUCGUCAAGGGAGAGAAGAAGAAGAGGAGACAGCGUAGGAAAGAAAGCUAUGCCAUCUACAUCUACAAGGUGUUGAAGCAGGUCCACCCGGACACCGGAGUCUCGUCGAAGGCCAUGAGCAUCAUGAACAGCUUCGUCAAUGACAUCUUCGAACGUAUUGCUGCUGAGUCGAGUCCCGUCUGGCUCAAUACAACAAACGCUCGACGAUCACCUCCGGCGAAAUCCAAACUGCUGUCCGUCUGCUGCUGCCGGGUGAGUUGGCCAAGCACAGCUGUCUCUGAAGGAACCAAGGCCGUCACCAAGUACACUAGCUCCAAGUAA